ACUGAAUCUUCCACCACACAACACAUUAAUUCUUCAACUCGAUAUAUCUUUUCAGUCUCCAAUGGCUUCUUCCAAGCUCUUCUAUUUCAUGACAUUUUCAUAUCUCCUUCUUCUUCCCUCUCUAUCCUUUGCCGGCAGCAAUUCAUCCAGCCCAGUCUCACCAGGAACCGUUUGCAAGUCCACCCCGGAUCCUUCUUACUGCAAAUCUGUGCUCCCUUACAACCAGACUGCCAACGUCCAUGACUACGGCAGGUAUUCAGUCCGGAAAGCAUUGUCUGAAUCCCGCAAGUUUUUGAACAUGGUGGACAGUUAUCUAAACCACAAGUCCGCCUUGACAACAUCGGCGAUUCGGGCGCUCGAAGAUUGCCAGCUGCUUGCCGGGCUGAACAUGGAUUUCCUCUUAACCAGCUUCCAAACUGUUACCACGACGAAUCAAACUCUUUCUAGCUCGAAAGCAGAGGACAUCCAAACAUUGCUUAGUGCCAUUUUAACAAACCAGCAAACUUGUUUGGAUGGAUUGCAAGCCACGGCGUCGGCUUGGAGCAUAAAGAAGGGCCUCGCGGUCCCGCUUUCGAAUGGCACGAAGCUGUAUAGUGUCUCUCUAGCUCUCUUUACCAAGGGUUGGGUGCCUGAGAGAAAGAAAGCCACAUCGUGGCAGCCUACGAGGAAACAACGUGGUUUCCGACACGGACGCUUGCCCUUAAAAAUGUCUAGCCGGACGCGCGCCAUUUACGAGUCGGUGAGCAGGAGAAAGCUGCUUCAGUCCGGAAAUGAUGACGAGGUUUUGGUGUCUGACAUCGUGGUCGUGAGUCAAGAUGGAAGUGGAAACUUCAGCACCAUCAGUGACGCCAUAGCUGCAGCUCCAAACAAUUCUAAAUCCAGCGAUGGCUACUUCUUGAUCUAUGUCACGGCGGGUGUUUACCAAGAGUACGUGUCCAUUGCCAAGAACAAGAAGUAUUUGAUGAUGGUAGGAGAUGGUAUCAAUCAGACUAUUAUCACAGGCAACCGGAGCGUCGUUGAUGGCUGGACAACUUUCAAUUCAGCAACAUUUGCUGUGGUGGCGCCAGGGUUUGUGGCCGUGAACAUAACUAUCCGUAACACCGCCGGGGCAAUUAAGCACCAGGCCGUGGCGCUUCGAAGUGGUGCCGAUUUAUCUACAUUUUAUAGUUGUAGCUUUGAAGCGUACCAAGACACCUUAUACACACAUUCUCUCAGGCAGUUCUACAGAGAGUGUGACGUAUACGGCACCGUCGAUUUCAUAUUUGGUAACGCCGCAGUUGUUUUCCAAAAUUGCAACUUAUAUCCCCGGCUGCCGAUGAGCGGACAGUUCAACGCCAUCACAGCACAAGGUCGAACGGACCCAAAUCAGAACACUGGCACUUCAAUUCAGAAUUGUACUAUCAAGGCUGCCGACGAUCUGGCUUUGAGCAAUAGCACUGUUAAGACGUACUUGGGAAGGCCAUGGAAGGAGUAUUCUCGGACAAUUUACAUGCAGAGUUUCUUGGAUAGUUUGAUCAAUGCCGCAGGGUGGAUGGCGUGGGAUGGAGAUUUUGCGCUAAGCACGUUGUAUUACGCUGAGUAUAAUAACACGGGACCCGGAUCGAACACUACAAACAGAGUGGCAUGGCCUGGUUACCGUGUGAUUAAUUCGACCGAUGUUGGUAAUUUCACGGCUGCCAACUUCUUGCUCGUCGACGACUGGUUGCCUCAAACGGGAGUGCCCUACAGUGGUGGCUUAAUAUGAGCCAUUGCUUUUAUUUAUAUACUGUUCUUUCAUUUAUUUAUUUAUUUAAUUUCAUUCUCAAAUUGAAAUAGCAAUUAUAAGCA